AUGUUCUAGGCUGUGUAGUGUGUUAUAAAUUUUCAUUAAAAAAAUGUAAACAUUACUUUUGUGACUAUUUAUUGAACAAAUUAAAAGAUUUAGUUACGUUAUUCGCAUUUAAUACCAAAGUGAUUUAACUUGGUGACAAAGGUACUUCAAAACAACCACCGUGGAUUCAAACACUAAUAUUAAUUACAGUGCUGAAAUGAGUUUACCGACCGACUUUGGCCCUGAUUCAGGCGGUAGAGUAAAGGGAUUAGUUAUAGUAAAACCUAUAGUAUACGGGAAUGUCGCUCGGUAUUUCGGGAAGAAACGUGAAGAAGAUGGCCAUACACAUCAGUGGACGGUGUAUGUAAAACCUUACGCAAAUGAGGAUAUGUCAGCGUAUAUUAAAAAGAUUCAUUUUAAAUUGCACGAAAGUUAUGCUAACCCUAACCGAAUAAUCACAAAACCGCCCUACGAACUAACGGAAACUGGCUGGGGAGAGUUUGAAAUUGUAAUAAAGAUUUACUUUCACGAUCCUAAUGAAAGACCAGUGACAUUGUACCAUAUUUUGAAACUUUUCCAAUCACCAGUAAGUGAGGGAAUGCCUCAAGUUGGACGAGCCCUGGUUAGUGAAUCAUAUGAAGAAAUUGUCUUCCAAGAACCUACACAGUUAAUGCAGCAUCUCUUGAAUAAUGUUAAACCAAUAACUAAUGGUCCUUGGUGUCAUGAUACAAACUUUGAGGAUAAAAAGGAAAAGACGCUGGAAAAAAUUAUUGCUGUACAAACAAAAGUGAGAAGUGAAAUUUCAGAGUUGAAAGAUAAACUGCAACUGGCAAAAGACACAAUAACAAAAUUCAAAGAUGAAAUAGCAAAAUUACAAAAUAACCCCGGAUCCAAUCUCCUAUCAGUUAUUUGAUUUGAUUAUAUACUUCAAGUAUUA